CAUAACAGUGGGAGGGUUUAACAUUCGUGUAAAAACGAAAGCACUAUCAAACACAGAGAGUACAUUUGAUCUUCGCUUUUAUAAAUAUCUUCUUAUAAGCAGGUUUCAGCACGCAGCAUAUCUGUGGGAGGGUUUAACAUUUGUGUAAAAACGAAAGCACCAGCAAACACAGAGAUUACAUUUGAUCUUUGCUUUUAUAAAUAUCUUCUUAUCAGUCUUUUCUCCACAGCUGUAGUCUGCUUUAGAAAUCGGCUGCCCCACUGAAAUGGGUGUUAAAAUCAAGAAACCACAUAUCAGUUUUGUCCUGUUUGGAAAAACAGGUUCAGGAAAAAGUGCCGCAGGAAACACAAUACUGGGACGAAGAGCUUUUACAUCAUUUAAGAGUGCCACAUCUGUGACCCAAGAUGUUCAGAAAGAAUGUGACACUGUAUGUGGACUCCCGGUCACUGUUUAUGAUACUCCAGGAUUCUGUGACACAGAACUGAGUGAUGAACAGAUCAGACAGAAAUGUCAGAAUGUUCUCAGCUCAUGUGAAUCAGAAUUCUGUUCGUAUCUUCUGGUCAUCAAGGCAGACAGAUUCACUGCAGAAGAGAGAAGAACUGUGGAGCAGAUUGAGGAUCUCUUAGGAGAAGAUCGUCUGAAGAAAACCUGGAUCCUCUUCACCAGGGGAGAUGAACUGGAGGACGAUAAACAGACAAUAGAGAAAUUCAUCAGUAGGACAGACGCUCUGAAGAAGCUGGUGCAGAAAUAUGAGGACAGAUACCACGUCUUCAACAACAAGAUGACAGAGUCACUUAAACAAGUGAACGAUCUGAUUAAAAAAGUUGUACAGAAAUUUCUGAAAUUAGCAACACAUCUACGCAGAAAAAAAGAGAAAAUCACAUCAAACAGCAGUGGCAACAGAUCGGACAGAAGAAUCGUCAUGCUUGGGAAAACUGGUGCUGGCAAGAGUGCAACAGGAAACACCAUCCUGGGAAAGAAAUGUUUCAAAUCAAAAUUGAGUUCAAAAUCUGUAACCAGGAAGAGUGAAGCUUAUAGUGGACGUGUUGGUGACAAGAAUGUGACGGUGAUUGAUACUCCAGGGUUCUUUGAUACUUCUGUGUUAAAUAAAGAGUUAGUGACAGAGAUAGGAAGAAGUAUCUGUUUAUCCAGUCCAGGACCUCACGCUUUUCUCAUGGUUCUCAAAAUAAGUGACAGAUUCACAGAACAUGAAGAGGUAAUAAUUGAGAAAACUGAAAUGUUAUUUGGAGAUGAAGUGGCAAAAUAUACAAUCAUUCUAUUCACUUAUGGAGAUCAGUUAUAUGAUGAUGAAAAUGAAAACAAUGUAAAGAAUUUCAUUAAUGAGAAUGAAUCUUUAAAAAAGUUUGUAGAGAAGUGUGGAGGUGGAUAUCACGUCUUCAACAACAGAGAUAAAAAUAACAGAGAGCAGGUCAGUGAGCUGUUAGAGAAGAUCGACAGAAUGGUGGAGAAUGAAGGGAGCUGCUACUCAAAUGAGAUGUUUGAGGAAGCAGCCAGACUUAAAAGAAAGGAAGAAGAGAGAAAGAUGCAGGAGGAAGAAGAGCAAAGGCAAAGAGAACAAAAACAAAGACAAGAAGAAAUUGAAAAUGCAAAGAGAGAGACAGAAGCAAGAAUUAAACAGGAAAAACAAGAGGAAAUUAAAAAUAUAAAGAGAGAGACCGAAGCAAGGGUUACACAGACACAAAAAGAAAUAAAUAUAUUAAGAUCACAGGUAGAAGAGGCUCAAAACAAAACUCCUGAAAAACCUGAAAGUGGAUUCAGUCAGUUCAUGAGAAAGUAUGGGGCAUAUAUUUUUAUUGGUGGAGUUGCACUUCUGGUUGUUGGUGUACCUGUUGCUUGUUGUGCUGCUGGUGCUGCUGCUGCUUUAGGUGGUGUUGCUGCUGUUAUUGGCACCGCUAUGUGUGUUGGUGCUGUUGUUUAUGCUGACAAACCGAAAAAGAGAGAAAAAGAGGAAUAGCAGAAGAUUAUAAAUCAUUGUGGUUUUUUUCUCAGACCUUGUCAAAAGAUCACUGUUCCAUGUACUCUGUAAUGAAUGCAGUAAAUCUAACUUUUUAUAUGAACAACUUUAUUCAGUAACUAAUGGUGUUAAAUGGCAUUAUAGGACUUAACUAUUCUACCAGAUAAAUGGUUUUGGAUGCAGUAUGUAUAUUACAGUGGCAGUAAAAGCUCAGUGGUUAAGGUACUGGACUCAGUCACUGUUGUAAAUCACUUUGGAUAAAAGUGUCUGCUAAGUCAGUGGUCCCCAACCACCGAGCCGUGUACCGGUAUCUAGUCAUUUAUUACCGGGCCACACAGAAAGAAUAAAUAAUUAGAGAUGCUACAAGAGCAAUUACAUUUCCAAAACUCUUUGAAUGUUGCUGUCCCUAAUCACCACCAUGUGGAAGCAGCGUCUCAUUGCAGAUUCACACUGAUUUUCUGUUUUAUAGUGCGGAAAAUUAUAUCUUAUAUGAAAAUGGUCCAGUUAGGGACCGCUGUGCUAAACCCUCAAUAAAAGGGUGAAAGAAUUUAUAUUUCUGAUUAUCUUUUUGAUGAGAUGUUGUUUAGAACUUGAAUGCUAAGCUACCACUGUCCUGGUUAACCUGUGCAGGUAGAUACACUGCAGAUGGUGGACAUGAAAAGUUAUGUAAUGUUGUAAAUACCAUGAUAGAUUGUGUGUUUGCUUAGUGCAGCUAUUGCAUCAUUCAAGCAGUAGCCUAGUGGUUAAAGUACUGGACUAGUAAGCAGAAGGUUACUGGUUACUGUAUUUUUUUGAUGCACUCACAGUUGACACUUGCAUAAUCUGCACACUGACUACUGAUAACACAUUCACAUCGGCAAAAGUAUGUGGACAUCUACCCUAAAUAUUAAGUUUAGGUAUUUUAACCGCACCCAUUGCUAACAGGUGUAUAAAAGGUCAUUUUUGUGGCAACAUGUUUUUGGCAUAGAGUCAGGAAUUUUUCGUUCAACAUCCUUGCCUGACCUCACAAAUGCUCAAAUUAUUACAAAAAAUUCCAACAGAAGAAAGCUGUAAUAUCUGCCAUUUUGAAAUGAGAUGUCCAACAAAGCCAUGUUCAGGUGUCCACAUACUUUUGGCAAUUUACUGUAUAAAUUAGAAACACAGACAUUUAUAAUCACCCUGCAUGCUGUGUAAAGAACACCUACUCUAAUAAAAGAAAAUCUGAAGGUAA